UCAUUCAAGAAAAAAAUUCUCACUUCAUUGGCAGAUAUUUUUGCAUGUUUUAAGCACAAAUUAUUUUACUUAAAUUCGCUUAAAUUGUUUUUUUUUUGUCCAAAAACUACUUAUUUUCUUAGGUCAUUUUGCCCAUCAAGAAAAUACAUCUUGGUUUAAGAUUUUUUUUUAAUAUUUGUACUGAAAACAAGACAAAAAUACUAAGUAAGAAAGUCAUUUUGCAGUGUAGGAAUAUAUGUAAUUAAAACUUCUAUUUACCUUAAAACAAUACUUUGUUUUCUCAUCAUAACGUUCUGCAACCAUUUUCCUCUUUCGUUGGAUACAAAUCCUAUUAGGGAAACAGAGGAAUGCGUUAGAUAAAAAUAUUUCAUGACUACUCUAGCUUAAAAUCUGAUCUCAUUCAUGAAGCAAUGUGUGGAAUGUGACAAUUUAAUCCAUGUGGCACCAUCUGACAGGAUCUCUGUGAUCCAUUGCUUGGUGCAUAAUUUAAAGGGAUAGUUCACCCAAAAAUUUAAACUUUAUCAUAAUGUUUGAUUCCCCAAAGUCUUUGUUUCUUUGUUCUUCGGAAUCUAAAAAGAUUUUUUAAAGUGUUUUUAGGGCCUUCUGGUUACUGUGGGAGUGGAUGGUAACAUCUUUUAAAAUUUUAAAAAGUCACAAAGUGUUAAACGAGUAACUUCAUUCGAAAUGCCAAUGAAGCCAAAUGUUUUAAGUGCCCUGAAGGCAUAUGAAAGGGCAAGCUAAAAUAUAAUUUAUUAUUUGAUGAAUGCCUAUCUAUCAAUGCACAUUAAGGAUGUUUGCUUUGAAAUAAUUUGCUACAGUGGUAUUCACAAGAAAUUUGAAUAAAUGUCAAGACACUUAAAAUAAAUGACUUCAAAAUUACUUAUUUAUUUAAUAUUUCUUGUCUCGUUUGAAGCUUAAAGGCUUUACUGGUCUGCCUCUGUCACCAUCCACUCCUAUAGUAACCAGAAAACCACAACACUUUUUAAAAGCUCUCCAUUUGGGUUCUGAAGAGCAAAGAAAGACACUAGAGGUUCAAGCGACAUGAGGGUGUGUAAAUAAGGACAACGUUUUCAUUUUUGAAUAAACUAUCACUUCAAGAGAGACAAACUGAUGACUUAAAUAAUGUAAAAUGCUUUUUUAAAUGCAUUUAAUAGUUAAAAGUCUAGUACAGGCAAUGCUCAGCUGACUGGUACUUUGUGAUCCAUAGUUUGGUUUCUAUAAAGUUUCUUUGAUCUUAAGUUCAAUAGAAUGGCCUAACUGCAGCUCACAUGAUCUUUUAACAGACUUUUUGAAUGCCUCAUGUCAAACAUUGCAGAAAAGGUUAGUCAUGUGUAUGGAGAGAACGUAACACAGGCUGGGAAAGUCUUCGUCACAGGCGCCUUUUGAGUCUUCGACUCAACUGUAAAUACAUUGGGUUUGUCUGCCAGCCCCCUUAAAGCACAGUGGGUAUGAAUCACAUGGUACGUCACUUGAUUCACUAAAUGGCAAUCUCAAAACGUAAAGGCCACAAAAGAAUGCUUGUGAAGUCACAUGGCUGAGGCGGAUUUAGCCAUAUAACAUCUUCCCCCAAACACAAGUUUUCCUUUUUUGUUUGGUCGCUCUUUGCUGUUGAGUUAACUCUGAAUUGGUGAUGCUUGGUCUUGAACUUCUAACCUGUUCUUACUUUAAAUCCAGUAAGAAGGAAAAUAGCCACGACUUGUAAUCUGGGUCUCGUGCUUGACUUCAUCAGAGGCCUUUGGCAGCAGGGAGAAAACUUUCUUAAACCAAACUAGACCACCGCCUCUUUUUCAGUUCACGCUGUAAAUUGACUUGUGUUCAUUAUUGCUCAGCUAUGCAGUAGAAAUCAGAAGAUCCAAGCAAUCUAGCAGGCUUUUGGAGAACCAUGACUCUCCUAACCGAGGACCAGCCUUGCAGGUUUUCUGCACCGGAGAGCCCAGUUGCAUCUAUAGAGCACUACCCACAGGACUUGGGGUUGAAAGAGGACUAUGUGGACACUAUGGAACCAGCUGUGUUCAGAGUUGUCGAACCUCCAAAGAGGUCCAGAGGAAGGCUUAUCAUGCACGCCUUGGUUAUGUUCGGAAGGGAAUUCUGCUACGCCGUCGAGGCGGCAUUUGUUACGCCGGUGUUGCUGAGCGUUGGACUCCCAAAACGAUUGUACAGCUUGGUGUGGCUCAUAAGUCCUAUUUUGGGCUUCAUCCUGCAACCCGUUAUUGGCUCGGCAAGCGACUACUGUAGGUCCCGAUGGGGCCGCAGGCGACCAUACAUAUUGUUGCUGGCAAUUAUGAUGUUGGUGGGCUUAAGUUUAUUUCUAAACGGAGAUGCGGUGACAUCAGCUACGAUACAGGACAAAGAUGUUAAAAGGACGUGGGCCAUCGUUGUAGUCAUGUUUGGAGUGGUGAUGUUUGAUUUCUCUGCAGACUUUAUUGACGGACCCAUCAAAGCCUAUUUGUUUGAUGUGUGUUCUCAUCGAGAUAAAGAAAGAGGUCUGCAUUAUCAUGCCUUACUCACAGGUUUAGGUGGAGCUUUUGGAUACCUGAUCGGAGCCAUGGACUGGGGUCACUCUGCAUUGGGUCUCGUGCUCGGUUCGGAGUACCAAGUCAUCUAUUUUUUCUCAUCCUUGACCUGGGGCUUUUUCCUCACUAUGCAUCUUUUCAGCAUCCCGGAGAUACCACUGAGCAAAGACCACGGUUCAGACUCACCCAGCGCUCUCCUCCUGGAAGUUUCUCAUAACGACGGCUACGGCUCUGUAUCCAAAGAGCUGCCGCCUGAGCCUGAAAUAAGGCAGCGUUCCUUCUCUGCUCUCAGUGAAGCGAAUGCGGUUACGCCCAGUGCCAAGCAGCCUAACAGCGAGGUGCAGAAAAGGAUGACCCUGAAAUCUUUGCUGUCAGCCAUGAUUAGCAUGCCCAGCCAUUAUCGCUGUUUGUGCAUGAGUCAUUUGCUGGGCUGGACGGCCUUCCUGUGCAACAUGCUUUUCUUUACUGACUUCAUGGGACAGAUCGUGUAUAAGGGGAACCCAUAUGCCGAGCAUAAUUCAACCUCCUAUAUGACUUACGAGAGAGGAGUUGAGGUGGGCUGCUGGGGUUUGUGCAUCAACGCCGUCUCCUCUGCACUUUAUUCAUACGUGCAGAGGUUGCUCCUGCCAUACAUUGGUCUGAAGGGUCUGUACUUCCUUGGCUACUUUAUGUUCGGUUUGGGAACCGGUCUGAUCGGGCUGUUUCCAAAUAUCGUAGCCACCCUGUCGCUGUGCACCGUGUUUGGUGUAAUGUCCAGCACACUCUACACCAUCCCAUACAACCUCAUCUCGGAGUACCACAAACGGGAAGAGGAGCAAAGGAAAUUGACUGGUGAGGACACAGCUUUGGAGAGCCGUGGUACUGGCAUGGAUUGUGCAGCUCUUACCUGUAUGGUACAGUUGGCUCAGGUCAUAGUGGGAGCUGGACUCGGAGCACUGGUCAACCUGGCAGGCAGUGUCAUUGUAGUGGUGCUCUCUGCUUCAACAGUGUCUCUAUUCGGCUGCAUUUUUAUUGCUGUCUUUAUGUAAUGUAUGCAUUAAAGUUAUUACACUUUUCCCA